AUGCAUACUCCAACAGCAAGUGCAAGUAAGCAAGCCAGUUUAGAUGAAACUUCUACUUUCAUAAAUAUGGACGCUGUAGCAAGUGCUCAUGAUACUGUGGAUACCCAAUGUCGCGAUGAGCAAUGGCCAGCUACAAAAGCGAUUCAACCUAUAUCUGAAGUAGUGUCAAUGCCCACCAAUGAAAAUAUAGAAUCGUCUUUUGUAAAUAUGGCUCCUGUGUCACCUCAAGCUUACCUCUGCCAACCAAGUUGUACUUCAUCAACUUUGGAUGUAAUACUGAUUUCGCCUGUUUGUGCUGAUACGGUGCGUACACAUGACACAGUUUCUUUGGAGCCGAAUGCAAACGAGAUUCAAUCGGUAGAUAUCGACCCACCAUCGUAUUCGCCAUCAAACGAAGAUCCCCCGCCGUAUCCUACCAAAAACAACAGCAACUCUAAAAGUCAUGCUCUGGCUGUUUUGAAACGGCUCUCGUUGGUGCUCAUCGCAGUAGAUUUAAUAUUUGCAUUUGCAUUGGCAGCUAUAUCUGGCGUCAUGAUACUCUACUCGGGCACAAACUCGACCUUUGUGAUUGUCAUUCCAGUCAUGUAUGCUAUUUUUGCUUGCUUUGGUCGAGCAGGACUUAUCUACAAAAAUGGGUUGGCAAGCUUGUUCUAUAUCACAACGCUUAUACUAAGAUGGCUAUGUGAUACUCUCGUAUUGAUGUACAUGACAAUGUCAUUCAAUGGGGAUCCCUUUUUCAUGUCAGUGUUUGGAUUUGUGCUGACAUUUCCGAUAUCAGGAGUGCGAGGAAUUCAAACCAUGCUCAUGCCCUGUUUCGAUCAGUACCAUUUUAACCUGACAUCAGGCGAAUGUGCUGAUUUUAUAUUUUGGGAUGAAAAACCAUUAAAUUUUGGAUACAUUUUGAUUGCCAUGUUAUUUCCACACUUUUUGACCAUUGUUGUGCACGCAUUGAAUUUGUAUAUGAUGGAAAAAGAAAAGCGUAAUUUACAACUACAGCAGCGACUAGAUUCGGCUGAGCGUGCAGUUAUUGCAACGGCAUCACUUUAUGCGUUGCGCCUUAGUCAGAAUUCAGAGACGAUCACUCAGCCAAGACCUAAUAAUCAAUUUCAACCCCCACAACAGUUGAACAUGCAUCGUUGUGAUAGAAAUACACCCCAAGUAUAUAUUAGUCCACGCCAAUCAUCGCGAUCGUAUGCGUUUUCUACACAUGUGCCUAUUAGAGAUCAUCCCCAUGUAUCACGAGGGCAGGGAUUGAUACCACCACGAACAGCUUCACUUGCAGCAUCUCACUCGACACGAUCAUCUAUACCACAGCCGCUGGUAGUAUUGAAUAACAACAACACACCGACUAUUGACAUGCAUGAAAGGAACCGUACAACAUACUCUAUGCCAACAAGAAUAGUCUUUCCAAGAGGCACGCUAUUAGGGGAACUUGAUGCACGACAGCAGCAUACCACCCCAAAAUUAUUUCAUGAAAUGAUCAUUUUCAUCACAUUUACUGGCCUGUAUUGUCAUUCAGACUCUGACAAAGUCAUGCAUUUAUUGAUUCAAUAUGACCUGUUAACCAUUCAAUAG